AUGUGUGGACGUUAUGCUUUGGGCGUGCGCAUGGCGUACAUGCGACACCGGCUCGAGGACAGAGGAAUGCCAGUAGACGAAGCGCCAGAAGAUGAUGAAGUCAGGGAAACCUAUAACUUUGCGCCCGGAAACAUUGGUGCCGUUUAUCGAGCUGAUGUCCCCGAAAAGGAACAACAUGACGAAGCUAGCGAGGAGCAAAAUGCCGAUCAUGAGCCAAAGGAAGAUGCAGGCAAAAGCCACCCGAAAUAUAAGCUCCAAAGCAUGAAAUGGGGUCUUGUUCCUUUCUGGACCAAGCGAAGUCCCGAUUAUGGAUCUCUCAUGCGCACAAUCAACUGUCGCGAUGACUCGCUCAUUGAAGAUCGUGGCAUGUGGACCACCAUGAAGCGGCGCAAGAGAUGUAUAAUCCCUUGCCAAGGAUUCUACGAAUGGUUGAAGAAAGGACCAGGAGGUAAAGACAGAAUACCACAUUUUGUUAAGCGUAAGGACGGGGAAUUGAUGUGCUUUGCGGGAUUAUGGGACUGUGUCUCAUAUGAAGGGUCUGACGAGAAGCUGUACACCUUCACCGUCAUCACAACAUCAUCAAAUCCCUACUUGAAGUUUUUACAUGAUCGCAUGCCUGUCAUAUUGGAUGCUGGGUCGGAAGCCAUGAAGACUUGGCUUGAUCCAGGUCGGAAAACUUGGUCGAAAGAGCUGCAAUCACUUCUGAAACCGUAUGAGGGUGAGCUGGAGUGCUACCAGGUUCCAAAAGAGGUUGGAAAAGUAGGAAAUAACUCUCCUGACUUUAUCGUUCCGGUCGACAGUAAAGAAAACAAGAGCAACAUUGCCAACUUCUUUGCCAAUGCCCCAAAAAGAGAAGAAAAGCCCCUGUCGACUGAAACUUCUUUGAAGAAGGAACUCGAGUCGCCGAAGACUGACGUCAAGCCCGAAAAGGGCCAAGAAAAGAUACUCACAACAGCAGGAACCAAGCGAGAGCACACGCCAGAUUCAGGUUCCAAAGAGAACAAAAAAGCCAAGCUGGAGACACUAGUCACUCCACAGAAAAUGAAGACACGAAGUGCCACCUCGAACAUCUCCAACAAAAAACCGGGGGCAAGGAAAGCGAACGAUGGAUCUCAACGAAUCACGAACUUUUUCAAAUAA